UGAAAAAGAUAUUGGAUAUUGGAUUUAAGGUCGUUUCUAUAGUUGUUACCGGAUAAAUGGAAAAUGGAUUCGCAGAAUGGGGAGACCAGGGAAGAUAAUUAUGACUCCACUGAACUAGAAAUAGAAAACACUGAGAACAAAAGUGACAGAAUCUCUGUAAAUGAAAAUAUUACGGUAGAACCUCAAAAUCUUGAUGCCGAGAACAAUAGCCCUGAAGAUAAUGUGGCAAAAGAAGAGAUAGAAAACACUGAGAAAAAAAGUGACAGAAUCUCUGUAAAUGAAAAUAUUACGGUAGAACAUCAAAAUCUUGAUGCUGAGAACAAUAGCCCUGAAGAUAAUGUGGCAAAAGAAGAGAUAGAAAACACUGAGAAAAAAAGUGACAGAAUCUCUGUAAAUGAAAAUAUUACGGUAGAACAUCAAAAUCUUGAUGCUGAGAACAAUAGCCCUGAAGAUAAUGUGGCAAAAGAAGAAAUAUCUGGUGUUCCUCAUAUUAGCGUUUCUGAGACUAAUGAAAUCGAUGUUGGACAUGAAGAGUUAUUAAAUUCUCCAGCCAAUGAAAAUCCUCCUCAGGUAAUCUCAGAAGAAGGUGAAAAUCUAGCUUCGGAACCCCAGGAGAAUAUAAUUCAAACUGAAGAACCACCAGAAGUUGAUGAGAGGCUUCAUAAUGUUUCUAAAUCUGAAGAAGCUGAUGGACUCAUUCCUUCGUCUGCAGAAACUGGUGCAAUUGACAAUGAAGAAUGUGUCACCAGUGAAGCUAAGGUGGAAGAAGAUACCAGAAGACGCGAGGAGUUGAUAGAAAAGUACAAACAGUCUCUAAAUGAACAGAAAGCCGUUAGGGAAUUAAACUUCCAACUUCAAACGAAGUUGGCUGAGUAUUUUAGACGCAAGAAAGGUGAGGCAGCUGACCAACAGGGUACUCAGUUAAGCACUAGCGGUAGAGUUGGUGAUGCUACCACAGAUUACGAGCUAAAAUACAACAAAUAUAUUUCAAGUUUGUUUGAUCUUCGCCAUCAGUCUAAAAUAAUGGAGGCUGAUUAUACUGAACAAAUUGACAAGUUAAAACAAUUGUGCCAAACAAAACAGGAGGAAGUUGACAAAGCAUACCAGGAUUUUAAUGAUUUCAGGUAUAAUAUAGGAAAAAGGGCGAUAAAUAGUCGAACCAGGAAACCGCUUAGCUCUAAAGAACUUUCUUCUAUGUUUACGACAGAAAAAUAUAAAGAAGAAACGGUCAGAGAAGUCAGGUUAGAAAAUAUAAAGCUAAAAAAUAAACUUUUAAAGGCCGAGGCUCAAUUGAAAUCAAAAGAUCAGCUGUCAGAAGGUUUGAACUUGAUUGAUUUUGAGCAGCUGAAAUUCGAAAAUCAAACAUUUGACCAAAAAAUCGAGGAAAGAAGUGAAGAGAUGAUCAAAUUAAGACGGAAAAUUUCGAAAACAGUUCAAAUAAUUACUCACCUAAAAGAAAAACUUCAAUUUGUUCUUGACGAUAAUGCUAGUCAGCGAAAAAUACUUGAGGAAAUUGAUGCAGAUGUGUCAAUGAAGAAAGACCAUCUAACGAAAAUAAAACAAACUAGGGAACAUCUUAGGGGUGAGAAUACCAAACUCCGCCGAUCAUGUGGACUUUUGGGGAGAAAUGCCUUGUUACUAAACUACGAGGAUUCAUUUGACUCUGUCAUGAACAAAAGGCAGUCUUUGAAUGAAAUAAAACGCACUACUGCCAACUACAGACUUCAGGCAAGGGCUCUGGCUCAAAAAAUUAAGAACCUCCAGAACAAAAAAGAGGCUUUUUAAACCUCACUGUUCACCUUUUAGGGAUUUCAUCUAAUGGUUUUAUAUUUAUCACAUAAACGUUAUUAUACAGCAUACAAAGUAUUUGUUCAUUCAUAUUACUAUAAAUCCAUGGAUCAGAAUGAAGAUCCAUCCCAAACCCAAUAAAUAUUUAUGAAUAUAA